GCGCACGGCACUGAACACUCUGGAUCGAGCCGGCAAAACAGUUCUGAAUUUGCGUCAGCGUUGAUUCGCCUACCGACACUGCUUCUGUUAUCUGCCUUCUAUAUCGCGUUGAUCAUUAAUUAGAGGAAAUAUGAGCGAUACAGCUGGAAAGGUUAUCUCCUGUAAAGCAGCCGUAGCUUGGGAGCCAAAAAAACCUCUUGCAAUCGAAACUGUCGAAGUAGCACCACCAAAGGCUGGCGAGGUUCGGAUCAAGAUUUUGGCCACAGGCGUAUGCCAUACCGAUGCGUACACAUUGGACGGCCUUGAUUCUGAGGGCGUUUUCCCAGUUAUUCUUGGCCACGAAGGAGCGGGUGUAGUGGAAAGUUUUGGCGAAGGCGUGACCAAGUUCAAACCGGGUGAUCACGUUAUUCCGCUGUACAUUCCACAAUGCUUUGAGUGUAAAUUUUGUAGGAGCCCAAAGACAAAUCUUUGUCCGAAGAUUCGUGCCACGCAAGGCAAGGGAUUGCUCCCGGAUGGAACAACGCGGUUCACUUGCAAGGGCCAACAGUUAUACCAUUUCAUGGGUACAUCCACUUUCUCUGAGUAUACCGUUGUAUCGGAGAUUUCGUUGUGUAAAAUAGAUGACUCAGCUCCACUUGAGAAGGUUUGCCUAUUAGGCUGCGGUAUUUCGACCGGAUAUGGAGCAGCCAUCAAUACAGCUAAUGUUGAGCAAGGAAGCAGCUGCGCUGUUUGGGGUUUAGGAGCUGUUGGAUUAGCCACUGUGAUGGGUUGCAAAGCAGCAGGUGCUACAAGGAUUAUUGGAGUAGAUAUUAACCCGGAAAAAUUUAAACUGGGUGAAAAAUUCGGUUGCACUGAAUUUGUCAACCCCAAGGAUUAUGACGUUCCAAUCCAGCAGGUUCUUGUUGAGAAAACAGAUGGUGGAUUGGAUUACACAUUUGAAUGCGUUGGAAAUGUACAAACGAUGCGAGCGGCACUCGAAUCUUGCACUCGUGGCUGGGGAGUAUCUGUCAUCAUAGGUGUAGCUGAGUCGGGACGCGAAAUUUCGACUCGUCCAUUCCAGCUGGUCACUGGCAGAACAUGGAAGGGAACAGCUUUUGGAGGAUGGAAAAGCGUUGAAAGUGUACCAAAACUGGUUACUAAGUAUCUGAAUAAGGAACUGAUGGUGGAUGAAUUCAUAACCCAUACUAUGUCACUUGAUGACAUUAAUAAGGCAUUUAGUUUGAUGCAUGAUGGGAAGAGCCUUAGAUCGGUUAUUAAUUUUUAAAACGUGUUUUGAUGCGUUUAACAUUUGUUCUGAUGGACUCAUAAUAAAUAUACUUUUCUAUUAAAAGAA